GAUGUGACAAGAACAUCAUUGAUUUGGCCCGAGUAGUAAGAGAGUGAACUACUGACGGGCCAAAAUUUGCGAUUCGCCUUUAUCUUACUGAGGUCAUGUCAGCUACUGGUAAACUAGGUAACAGUUUGUGUGGAUGUAGAAAGAGAAUCGCCUGAUACCAAUGGACAGCCAAACUAAGCUUGUCACAGUUGGAAUCGACCACUAACUGCUGCACACCUUUUCCAUACUUCACCCUGUCUCCAGAUGGGAGACCUUGAACAGCCAGAUGUCCAGUUGUCCUCAGUAGUUCCAUCUACUAGUGGAGGCAUGCAGGCUCUACUGCUGUAUGUGGUGGCUGUACUUAUGUUUAUACUGCUGUACUGGUUCUAUAAACCACAGCCUGAUACUGCUGCUCCGUCCACCAGGGGAGGCAAGGCGAGCCUGAACAGAAGGAGACCUGUAGAUAAAAAGCAGAAAAGAAGUUUAUUUGCAGUGCUUGGAAUAAGUCAAGAGGAUUUGAAACAUUUUGAGGCAUUUAGAGAUAAAUUUUCUCAUUUUGAUGAUGUUACUGACAGUAUCAAGAGAGCAGGACUAGAGACCUGUGGUUUGAUCAUUGGAGUUGAUUUUACUGCAAGUAAUGAAUGGCAGGGACGCAAAACAUUCCGUGGACGUAAUCUUCAUACAGUGUCGGGGAACAAGAUUAACAAUCCAUACCAGAAAGUUAUAUCUAUUUUAGGGCAGAUUCUCGAACCAUUUUCAGAUGACAAGUUGAUUCCAGCGUAUGGGUUUGGUGAUUCAGCAACACAGGAUCACAAUAUUUUUCCUUUACGAGCAGAUGACCAGCCGUGUGUAGGUUUUGAAGAUGUUCUGCAAUGUUAUAAUAAUGUAGCCAGGAAGGUGACUCUUAGUGGACCAACAAAUUUUGCACCCAUUAUUAAUGAAGCCAUCCACAUUGCAAAACAUUCUAAGAAGUACUUUAUUCUAGUCAUUAUAGCAGAUGGCCAGGUUACUGAAGAGCAGCUGACAAUAGAUGCUAUAGUGGAAGCAUCGAAAUACCCCAUUAGUAUAAUAGUGGUGGGUGUUGGAGAUGGACCCUGGGAGGCCAUGGAUGAGUUUGACAAUCACAUACCCCGGAGAAAAUUUGACAAUUUUCAAUUUGUAAAUUACCAUCAAGUUAUCUCUAAAGCAAAGUUUCCAGAUGCAGCCUUUGCACUGCAAGCAUUAAUGGAAAUUCCAGAUCAGUAUAAAACUAUCAAAUAUCUAGGUUACAUAGGUGAUGAGACGUCAAAAGGUCACAAAACAGAGGAGAAACCCAAGGGAGAUUGAGGCAGAUUAAUCAAUAGUGUGCAGCGAGAUAAGGCAAUUGUUACAAAUCCUGAUUUUCUUAAUAUCAGAAUGCCUUCAAUAUUUCUUUGGGUUAAAACAUUUAAUUAAAUCUCUCACAACGUCUUUGCUUAAGUGCACAGUGUUAAGGUGGCAGCAAUGUACACAACAGUUUUUAGUGCCAUCCACACUGGCAAGAAAACCCAAGGCCCAACGAUCCCACUCUCCUUGCUUCUCACUGGUCAGGGCAGCAAUUGCCUUUCAUCAGUCUUACUGCCUGUUAAGCAUGUGCACUGUUGUUUCAUUAAAAAGUUAUCUCUUAAUUUCCUAAACACCAUUUUAUUCUUAGAGCUUCCCUCCAACCUUUAUUUAUUCCCUCCUUUGGCCAAUAGAGAUUUUAUAGCUUCUGCAGACCGAUACACCCUUUUUCUGCUCAUUUUUAUUUAAUGCAACAGGUGAAAUAACCAGCCAAAUGUGGUGGAUUGUCCACUUGUGUGCAUGUGUUCUAAAUGUAAACAUCCAGUCUUGCCAGUGUGUAUGGCAUUUAUGUUGACACGUGGUCAGUAAGUAAAUGUUGUUAAAAGUUCAUCUAAGUGAGUGGUCCAUAUAUACCCUUGAGUGAUAAAAAAUAAAACUGGCAGCCCUUGAAUCUCUUGUAUUGUUAGACUAAGAGCAUUUUGUUCGCUUUUGAACUGUUAUCUUAUAUUUAUAUAUGUAAUGUUAUUUGUAAUAUGUUAUCUCGUAAAAUUUAUGUUGUAUCUCUGUUUUUGAUGAAUUAUUUUUCACUUCUGCACAAUCCUUUAAAUCUUCUAAAUCAGCUUGGCUUUAAAGGUGCAUUGCAAAUAAUGCUCUGCAGGUUAUUAAUAUCCAUUUGGCUCUGUUAUAAAUAUUUUACAAUAUUUCACAUACAUACAUGUUGGUAAGCCAUACAGUUUGUGAUGUAUUUCUUACUUCCCCUCUGCUACAUUUUAUGAGAACAUUUCAUGUGAAAACUGUUUAUAUGUAGCUUAGCAGCAAUACAGUAAAUUAUCUUGGUGAUUAAUUUUGCUACUGAUAACAUGAUUGGUGAUGUGCUUCAGCUCUGUAUUGUAUUAACGUGGUAGCAGGAAAGGCAGAUAUAAUAUUGAUGGGCUACUAUAAUUGUACAGUGUCUCAUUCAUUAUUAUUUGCAACUUUCAAACUCUUUAUCUAGUGCAAUAAAUCAUUUUUUCAAAAUUCAUCAUUUUAGUGACACAAAAACAAAAUUUUUGAUAAACUUAACAAAAAAAAAAAAAAAUCAAAUUAUCUUUUACAUGUAGCUCUUUCAAAACAGUGUAAUAGAAAAUGUCAUGUUUGAGUAUUUUUGAAAUUAUUGAGUCAGUACAGUAUUUCAUUUUCUGGUGUAAUGAAUGAUCCAGACACUACUUAGAAAGGAAAUCAUUUGACAUUGCCUAUGUGCUAUAUGACAUAGAUCACCUUCUAGAAAGCGGCUCAAAAGAAUAUGAACUGUUCUGCAAAAGAAUGUAAUUAUUCCAGAUCUAAGAGAACAACCGAGAACAACAUCGUGAUGUUUCUUACUCCAUUCUACACCAAAUCUCUGAAAAUCUCAUGUUAUGCUAGGUUGUGAGACUUUGGACUGUCUCUGGUUAUUCCCCAUCAUUGAUAAUUCCACAUUGAAUGCUUAAAUAUUCCCUGAGAGCACAGGAUAUGUUCUGGAAAUUUUUAGACAAAGCAUUCAAUAUUAUGUACUCCAUUCUAUACUCCGAGUCUCAUUCUUAUGAGACACCAUCACAAUGCAGUAGAGUAGUGUAUGUUUUAAAUUAUUAGGUCACUAUUUACUGGAAACAGAUUGUUUAUAGACAGUUAUUGCAGGUGCAGCAACAGUGACUUGAAGGAUAUUUUCUUUUGUUUCUUUGUUUAGUUGGAUUUUUUAUUUCUAUUUCCAAGUAUUUUUAUGUAUUAUACAAAAUAUUUUAUAUAUAGUAUAUUAGUUGAUAAUGGAGCUUUUGAAGAUAUUGAUGUAAUCUUUUUAUUUUUGAUGGAAAUUGAUAUUAUUCUUAUCAAUCUCUCCACUUGAAUAUAGCACAACAGGUUUCGUGCAUUCUGUAUUUAUUCCUUUUCUUGAUAUAACCUUAGAAGUACAGAGACAUUUCCUUGAUAAAAUAUUUUUGAAAUGAUACAUUGUCUAUACAUUUUUGUCAGAUUAAAAGGGCUGGUGUACUUCAUUUCAAAGACAUUCGAUAUGAAGAAUGCUGAAAAACUUGCUGAGAUAAUGAUAAAACCAGUAGAAAAUGUAAGGUACCUUUUACAUUUGGUCAUCGUUAAGCUUGUUUUACACAUGCUUGUCUUAAAACAUUCAAGAUAUGGAUAAGCAUCUUUUAUUCAUUUGUCUAUAUGUCAUUUUGCAAUUAAUGGCUUAGAUGCUUAAUUUAUAUGAAACCAUGCCAAUUACUUCCAUAUCUGAGCAGAGUAACAAAAAUUAAUUGGAUUUCCUAAUUAACAUUGUGCAUGCUAUUUCCAUAUAUUCAGUUUUGGGGACUAGUGCAGCUUGAACUACAUGUCACUCACAUUCCAGCUGUCUUGGAAGGCACAUUCAGACUGUACAAUAUAUUAUAAUUAACACUGAUUGCCAAGUCUUUAUAGGCAAUGGAAUCAUUUGUGCAUUGUUUUGAAAAAGGUCCAUGUAAAAGCCUCUACUUGCAAUUAGUAUUUUAAGGGUGG